CCGCGCCGGCUGAUACGACGAAGCCGCCGAGAGCGCCAUCUCAUGACCACAGCGCCUACCUGGGAGGCGGUGCUCAACAGCAGAACCUUCGUCUCAACAGUCAUCACCGGCAUCUUGGGCUGCUCUCGACGUCCCCCCUUGCUUCUUUCUAUACAUCCCACCGUGUGGUACCGCAGCCUCUGGUGGCUGCGCGCAGUGACUCUUUAGUCCGCUCAGUUGCGCAGUCGUUUGAGCGCGCGCUUAUAACUGA